AUGCCAUCUUCUCCCGGCGCAAUCCACCCAGACCCCAUCGCCCUGCCAGCGCUGCAAGAGGUUGAACCUGCGAUGUACAUUCGUUUCUCCCUCGAAAACCCGUGGUCCCAAGAGAAGGAGCUACAUUCCCAAAAGCCCCAACAUGUGACCGAUGAUCUCUACAGCCGGGAAUUAUUCAAGCUAUUAAUGCAAGACUAUUUGGAUCGACUAUAUCCAUUAGUGCCAAUUGUUCAUCGUCCGUCCUUUCGCGAUGCCUUGCUAGCUGAUCAAGACUGCGAUGAUGAAAGCUUUUGCGCCGUUACGCUUGCCAUCGCCGCGCUGGUCGUGGCCACUUUAGCCAGCAGAUUCCCGGUUUAUAAAAACCAUGCACAGCCAUUACGAUUCUCAUCUCGAAAAGAAUUUGUUCAUUCCUGCUAUAAGAAAGUCUUGGCCCUGCGGAGCUCCUCCUAUUUUGAUCAACUAAAUUUUCAGAAAUUUUCCAUACCCUACCUCUUCUUUGCCGCAUUUCUACAACUUGGAGACCACAAUUGGUCGCGAAUGUUGAGUGUUGAGGCCAUGCAAAUCGCACGGCUAUUAAAUUUGCAUCGCAUCUCCGAUUAUGAAGGUCUAAACUGCAUUGAGACCCAGCUCCGCAAAAAGGGCUUCUGGCUAGUGUUUUACUGCUAUGUCCAUGCCAGUUUGCAAAAUUUACAAGGGGAGCGACUGACAUACUUGGACCCGGUCGUAUUACAAUCAGUGAAGGCGGAGGAUCUUAUACCCCUGGAAAUUGACGAUGAGUUUAUCUUUGAACACGAAGUCGUAUUUCCCCCCAAAGACGACCUCUUUUCUCACAUCCGGAUUUAUUCUACACUCCCGCAUAUUCUGGGCGUCGAUCCGAAGUCUUGA